AUGCUGCAUAUGCCAAUCGGUCGCGGAAUCCUCCCCUUGUUCAUCACGGCCUUAUCAUUCGCGAACGCCUUCAAAGUCUCCCCGAAUUCACCAUGCACAAGCGUCUGCACCACCUCCGACUCAUCGCAAUCCGAUCCAAAGUUCUUCAAUCACCAAUGGGAAGACGUUGUCUGCAAUGACCAGGACUUGGACGGUACAUCAAAGGGGCAGAAGCUGAAGAGCUGCUUCACGUGCCUGCAGAACAGCACUUACACCCAUGAUGGCGAGAGUGACCAGCAGUGGUUCCUUUAUAACCUGCGGUAUUCUUCUAGCUACUGCAUGUUUGGCUACCCGAACAGCACCGGCAUUGACUCCGGCCCUUGCACGACAUCCGAAGGGUGCGGCAACCUAGCCUCGGCUCUUGAGUUUGGCAUCAAGGAUCCAAACAACUCGACCCUCUAUGACUAUUGCGAUGCAAGUGGAGGCGCCAUCACGAGUGACGAUGUCGAGGGAUGCUUGGGGUGCGUUGGGGCCGAUGGAGAUCAUCAAUAUCUAUCUAAUUUCCUUCUCACGAUUCAAGGUGCAUGCAGGUCAAAGCCUGCCCCUGGCGACAUCCUCAUACUCAACAAUACCAUCUUUGGCGAUGACACCAUCCAAGUUCUCGACCCAUCAUCCCCAGCCGCAAAUGAUGGCCCCAAAAUUUCCAGCUCGAGAAUCGUAGGCAUCGCUGUUGGUGGCGCCGUCCUACUUGCGCUGGUCGCAGGUUUCAUCUUUGUGUGUGUUCGCAAGCGCAGGAACCGCGCGAGACAGCAGAACCGCACAUCUGACUAUUCUUUCCGCUGCCAGACCAGAGUGACGCCCGUCACUCCAAGGUUCCCUGAGGAUGUUCAGACAAACGUCACCUCAAAUGGGGAAAAGAACGCGCAUGUCAUGGUCACCACCGGCCUUGGAGCCAGCCCGUAUUCCGCCCAUCAAUAUCCCUGGAAUAGCCAAAGCUCGUUGACCGUCAGCAUCAACAGACAGCAGGGCCCAGUGACGAGGCCAAGUAUUGUCACGGCUUUGUCGCCGCCAUCCCAGGCAUACAUAUCACCUCGGGCUUCCUCGCCUGACGACUUUGCAACGCCAGCGUCCGCUGUUUCGACUCGCUCCAACGCGCCUCUUCUUAGCCAUCAGCCCCCAGGAUAUACCCCUUCUCCUCACUUGAGCCCGUCCAGCUGGUCACCGACUCCGAGGCCCCAACGACCUGAAAGAAAGUGGGAAGAGGAGAAUGGGGGAAUCACCAAUGCUCUUGGGCUGAUCAGCAAGAAGAAGAGUAGGACAAGCGUGGGGAGUCCCGCGCAGAGCGAUAUACUCAUCACUUCUUUUCCACCGCCGCCUACCCGUGGAGCGAGGUAG